AUGCUGAUGCGAGUCGACACGAUGCUCUGUGCAGCGUGCAGCGCAUCUGUCUCAUGCCGCAGACAUUCUCCGUCGACCGACCCCUAUGGCCAAUCGCCGUUUCCGUUCCCGUUCACGUACCUGAUCCAGUCCGCCUUCGGUUUGGCCAAGGAACGACAGAACGGAUGGACUGGUCGAGAUGAAAUCGGAGGGCAUCAGACCCUGUUUCGCUGGAAACGGCUGCAUUAA